AUGCACCAAAUCAACAGAUGGAAUGUGGCACACUCGCUCCAGGAGCGGAAGCUUCUCAUCGCCAUCAACUGCAUUGCAGGUCUCUCCAUCUUCUUCUUCGGCUACGACCAGGGCAUGAUGGGCGGCGUCAACAACGCCAAAGACUACAUUGAGUUGAUGGGAUUCGGUCACGCCGAGACGGUUGAUGGGUCGCCCAACACGCCCGUCAUCACCGACAGUCUGCUCCAAGGCGGGAUUGUAUCGGUGUACUACCUUGGAACUUUGUUUGGGGCUCUCGCGGGCGGCUGGGUUGGUGAGAAGAUCGGUCGGAUAAAGACGAUUGCCCUCGGUGCAGCGUGGGGCAUCUUUGGCGCCGGCCUGCAGUGCUCGGCUCAGAAUCAUAUCUGGAUGAUAUUCGCUCGACUUAUCAACGGUUUCGGGACCGGAAUCCUGAACGCAAUUGUGCCGGUUUGGGCGACCGAGAGCGUACCGCACACCAGUAGAGGCCAAUUCAUCGCCAUUGAGUUCACGCUCAACAUCUUCGGCGUAGUUGUCGCUUACUGGCUCGAAUUUGGUCUCUCGUUCAUCGACGGCGGAGCCUCGCCGAUCCGGUGGAGAUUUUCCAUCGCUUUCCAGAUCAUCCCACUGCUCAUCCUCCUGGCAGCCGUGUGGUGGUUUCCCGAGUCGCCGCGGUGGCUGGUCAAGGUUGGCCGCGAAGACGAGGCCCGUUUCGUGCUCGGGAGACUUCGAGGUGACGAAGGCGAGGAUGAGAUCCAGGCGGAGGCUGAGUUCCAAGAUAUCUGCAACGUUUCCGAAUUGGAGAAGCAGGCAGGUAAUCGAACUUCCUACUGGGCCAUGUUUACAGGACGGGGCUCUGGAGACUUACAUACCGGCCGCAGGGUGCAGCUUGUCAUCUGGCUCCAGAUCAUGCAGGAGUGGGUAGGGAUUGCAGGUGUCACUGUUUAUGCGCCGACCAUCUUUAGAAUGGCUGGUUUCAACACCGAGAAGUCGCAGUGGAUCUCGGGAGUAAAUAAUAUCACUUAUAUGUUCUCAACCCUGAUCUGCGUGUUCACACUUGAUCGUAUCGGUCGCAGAUGGACCAUGUACUGGGGAUCCGUUGGGCAAGGGAUUGCAAUGUUCCUUGCUGGUGGCCUGUCCCGCGUCGCAAUCAACGCCACCGAGUCCGGGGAUACAGCACGCGCCGCGUCCUAUGGAGCUGCUGGCGCAUCGAUGAUCUUCAUCUUCACUUUCGUCUUCGGCGCCACCUGGUUGACGGUGCCCUGGCUCUACCCGGCCGAAAUCUUCCCCCUCGAGGUUCGAGCCAAGGGAAACGCAUGGGGGGUUGUUGGCUGGAGCAUCGGGAACGGUUGGUUGACCCUUCUCUGCCCGGUUAUGUUCAGCGCCAUUAACGAGAAGACGCUCUACAUAUUCGGUAUCAGCAAUGUGAUCACCAUCCCCAUGGUCUGGGCCUUGUACCCAGAGUCCAACCAGCGCACGCUGGAGGAGAUGGACUUCUUGUUUGCAGCCGAGACUCCCUGGGUUUGGGACGCCGAAAAGAGCUUUGCAAGAUUGAAGGUGGAGCACCCCGAGCUGGCAAAUGCUGCUCACUCGGGGAAGAUCAUCACCCAUGAUAUUGAAACUGGGAACGCUGGUGGAGGUGAGUCUCCGCCCUCGGAGCGGACAGAGAAUGUAUCGAUGCCUGCGGUUCCGAAGUGA